UCACAAAUAGACGUCGCCGAGGAGAUUGAAGAAGCCUAGCUUCUGCGUGAGGGUCCUGCAAAGGAGAACGUACACACAUUCACACGAGGUUACGUCAUUCGCAACAACAAUACCGGUAUCGUUCGGUGUCCUUCCCAAACACGUUGAUUGUCCAGGGGAACCUGUGCACACACAUACGCACUCCCGUCUGUCUGUCCGCACACACGACAAGUCUCCCUCUCCCGUUUGCGCACAGCUGCCCGAUGGUGUUGAUCCGCUCAUUCACGUCAGCAGGCGAGAGGUUUGGACCUGGCCUCAGCUUCCAUGUCUUGACUCCUGUGGCGAGACACGAAAGGCAAAAGUGAGUGUCUGCGCGCAGGGGAUGGUGUCUUCACUGACCGAGACAGAGGUUGAUGAUGGUCUGGUCGAUGCUGCCUGGGUGAAUGUCCCACGCACCCUUAGGGGUGAAGUAGCCGUGGAAGAUAGACCGUUUGGACCUGGGCGAAGAGACGCAUGCAAAAAGAUGCGUGUCAGCGAGACUGAGUGAGUGUGUCGGCUGCUCCAGCACCCGAGUAUAUCUAAUGGCGUCGAGCCACGGUCUGUCAGCUCUUUGAGAGCAUUCGCGUUGUGUAUCGCCAAUCUGGUCAUUCCAGUCGAUGGAUACAUCGUUUGUCCGGUCACUGUUUGGCGUACUUGAACAUCAGUGGGGCGAGCUGAUGAGGCUUGUUGUGGAGUUGUUCCAGCCACUUACUCGCGAACUCGUUGUCCGACCGCCUGUGCACCUUGGGCCUGAACAGCAAAGGAUUGUCCGUGACUCCGUGUGUCCACAUGCUGAGCGAGAGUCGAUUACCUGAACAGCUUGUUUCGAAAAAGGCCAAUUUCAGCCUUGUCUGCGUCUGUAAAUCACACAAAACAAGCACGUCGGAUCUCCACACGGCCUUCUUGCAUCGAUGCCUGUCUGCCGCUUACCGUGGACAUGGACGCCCGUCUCGAGGUCGAGGUAGCCCAGCAGUCUGAACGCCAAUGAACGAGUAACAUGUCAGCAGAAGAGGUCUCUGUCUCAUUACGAUCGAUCGUUCAGGUUCGCAGAGGAAAUGAUUGCAUCCGUGUCGUCGGCAAUCAGCGCCUUGGAAUGAACGUACGUGUGCGCCCACUCUAUUUCUCCCUGGCCUGCAGGCAGUCAGUGCGCAAAAGGCGCCGCGGUGGCUUUGAGCCUUACCAAGCCUUUGGUAAGUGACUCCGCCCUACGAACAGGCAGACCAU